AUGUGAACUUAUCUGAGCAAAAUGCAACGAGUUGGUGGGGUCUGUGAUUUGGAUUUGCAAAAGCACCAUGUGACCCGAAAAGAGUUCCUAUAUAAGACAGUCCUGGUGGCAGAGGGACACUAGGGCAACAUCUGAAGAACAUCUGACUCGACAAAAAAGAGCAACAUGUCCACCAUGAACAGGCUGAACAUCGGCAGUCUUGGCUGGAAGAAGACCAGGUCAGAGAAAAGGCAUUUUACAGACAUACAUGGUCUGCCAUGCAUUGAAAACCUGGUGCUUUCUGCGGAGGAAACACCAGAGCCCAUUGCAACCAAAAUCACAGGUCAUAUCCCCUCAUGGAUCGAAGGCAAUUUUCUCAGGAAUGGACCUGGAAAGUUUGAGAUUGGAAGAAGCAGUUUCAACCACUGGUUUGAUGGCAUGGCGCUUAUGCACCAGUUUCAUAUCGAGGAUGGAAAGGUGACAUACAUGAGCCGAUUCCUGAACAGCGAUUGCUACAAGGAAAACACUGAGCAUAACCGCAUCAUGGUGUCUGAAUUUGGUACGAUUGCAGUGCCGGACCCGUGUAAAAACUUCUUUCAGCGCUUCCUCUCCCGCUUUGAGCUGCCCAAGCAAUCUGACAAUGCAAAUGUCAGCUUUGUUCAGUAUAAAGGAGACUACUAUGUCAGCACUGAGACAAACUUCAUGCACAAAAUAGACCCAAAGACACUUGAAACUGAAGAAAAGGUGGACUGGAGUAAAUUUAUUGCAGUUAAUGGAGCCACAGCUCAUCCCCAUGUGGAUCCUGAUGGGACCACAUACAACAUGGGCAACUCUUACACUCUUAAAGGUGCUUUCUACAACAUCAUAAGAGUGCCCUCAAAGACGGUGAAUCCAGGGGAUGCUUUGGAAGGAGCCACAGUUAUUUGCUCCAUCCCCUCUGAGGACAAGUCCAAACCAUCCUACUAUCAUAGCUUUGCCAUGUCAGAGAAUUACGUGGUAUUCAUCGAGCAGCCAAUCAAAAUGGAUCUCUUGAAGAUUGUGACAGGAAAACUGCGUGGAAAGGGAAUUAGUGAUGGUGUAUACUGGGACCCAAAAAGGAACACAGUUUUCCAUGUAGUGAAUAAACACACUGGAAAGCUUAGCGUCAUCAAGUAUUACGCAAAGCCAAUGUCAACCUUCCAUCAGAUAAACUGUUUUGAAGAAAACGGUUUUCUGAUUAUGGACAUGUGCUGUUCUGAGGAUGGCCAGGCCAUUAACAACUACCUGAUACAGAACUUAAAAAAGUCUGGAAAUGCUCUCGACGAGGUGUACAACAUAAUGUGCAGAGUGUUCCCUAAACGUUUUGUUCUACCCUUAAAUGUGUACAACAACACACCAUGUGGGCAAAAUCUAAACACACGGUUGAACAGCACCGCAACAGCUAUUAAAACAGACCAGAACAAGUCUGCAUUACCAUUUAAACAGGUGUUCUGCACACAUGAAGAUCUUCAUGGUGAAGAUCUCCAUGUAUAUGGAGGUCUUGAAUUUCCACACAUCAACUAUUCAAAGUACAACACCCGGCCCUACCGCUACUACUAUGGAUGUGGCUUCAGACACCUGGUUGGAGAUUCUCUCAUUAAAAUGGACCUUCAAGACAAGCAAAUGAAGGUGUGGAAACAUGGAGGCCUGUAUCCUUCAGAACCAGUUUUUGUCCCAUCACCAAGUGCUGUGGGGGAGGACGAUGGAGUCAUUUUGUCUGUUGUCAUCACCCCUAAUCAGGACAAAAGCACAUUCCUUUUGGUGCUGGAUGCAAAAACGUUUGAAGAAUUGGGACGUGCUGAAGUACCUAUGAACAUUCCAUAUGGUUUUCAUGGGACUUUCCUAACAAAAAACUGAGCUGGAAUUUUAUAAAGUGCAAAAAAUAUUAUUGCAAAAUCUUUCAAAGGCAUUACGGCCUCUAAUGCAUUCUAAGGUGCCCUCUAUAUGUUCUUUAUGUAUAUGAUAUAUCCUAAAUAAACUAUAUUCUGUA